AUGAAUCCCGACCCUGAAAAUGAAUAUUACGAAGAUGUAUUGCCAUCAUUUGAGAUGCACAAUUACCUGUUUAAUCGAACGCUUUUUGAUACCGAAAGAAUCCCUCAAUCGGGUUUGCCCCAAUACGGGGAAUCGUAUCCUGAAUCCACCACAUCUUCGCAGUCUGUAGCUGCUGGGAACCAGAUCUCGCCAAUUGACAAUCCUGAUCUACUGGUACUCAAUAAUCUGAAUACCCUUCAGACAAUCGAUUUGCCCCUCAAAGUGUCUAUCGUCUUUACGAAAAAAUUCCCUAUUUUUGGAGAACCUUAUGAAAAAGAAUCUCCUCUUCGAUGCUACCAGCCCGGAGAGAUGAUUGUGGGAUUUGUGACUAUCGAGAACACGUGUAAUGAAAUCAUCCCGUUUGAAAUGCUUCUUGUCUCACUCGAGGGAACGAUGACUGCGCCCCAGUCUCCUAAUAGCACCUGCUCCAAAUAUCACCGACAAACAUUUUUGAGAACCUACGACCUGAGUGCUUGCUUCCACCACGGCUGUAUAAACCCAACUCCAUAUAAGAUGGGAGAAUGCUUAUCAAGAGACCCUGUCGAUGACACCUUGUACGGAUUCGGUGACUUGAAAGAAAUUUUCCCGGGAGCCAAGCACAAAAAAUGUUUUGCGUUCCGACUGCCCUCAUAUCUGCUAGAGACUUCUUGCUCUAGUAGUACGCUCGAUCACUUGCCAGUGCCCCCGAGCUUUGGAGUGAGUCCGUUUGCUUUAGGUGGCAAGGCAAUGGAUAUCAGAGUCAAUGAAGCUCUUGGCUACGGUAGAGCAGAUGAUCAAGGGAUUCCCAUUGUGACCAAUGACUUCUGCGACAAGGGCCUGUCAAUUACCUACAGUGUCAAUUUGAGGUUACUGGGAAGACCGCAGGAGCUUUAUAAGAGAUUUUACAAGCGUCAUACAACUCAUGACUACCAGUUUAUCAUUGUGAGAGACUUCAGCAUUCCCUUCCGAUUUACUAAUACUAAUAUUCCAGCAUGCUACGAUGGCAGAGAUGCCGAGAAACAGAUAGACAAGAUUGAACACCAAGUGGCAGAGACGCUAGUUGAUCUUGAGGAACGUCGAGGCUUGAUUGAAGCCGGUAUUACGGACACUAAAGAACAAGACCAGCUAUUGGCAGCAGAAGGUACUGACAAAAAGAAGUCUUUUGGUUCUCCCACGGAUCCAUGCUUGAAGACUGCGUCAAAAAUCAGGCUGGGUAAAGGGUUUUUGAAGACUGACACACAAUUCGAGGUCGAGAUUCAGAGCACAGAUGGGAUGGCCUUGAGCUCAUUUGAACCUGCUCCUUUGAAAAGAGUUGCUUUGGCUAGCACCAAAGAUAGUUCUAGUCAACUUCCGCGGUACAAGCCGUCCACAUUUUCAAGCAGCUCAUCAGUUUUUGAAGACGUUAGUGUGUCUACUGUUCCUACGGAGCUCAAUGCAGAGCUUACCCACAUCAAUUUCGUUUUGAGAACAACCGACAACGUACUACCUCAAGAGAUUACGGUGAAACCUGGCUUGAAAGCUUUAAACAUAUACUCCGGCCACCAUCUUCCUCUGGUGUUCAACGAAAAUACCCCUUGCAACUUUUACGAGCCAAGUGUAUUUUUUAAAAUCAACAGGAAGUUUGAACACUACGUAUGGGAGCUACAACGCCUUGCUAAGAGGACAAACUAUUCUAUAUCUAAGCAGCUUUAUGAGAGUUUGCUUAGUCUGAACAAAAUGAGAUGUAAGGGGAGAACUCUUGAUGUUUUUGAGGAGCAACGCAUACGACUGAAGUGGGAAAAAACAAAAGAAGGAUUUGUUGCCAACGUUAAUGUUCCGCUGAUUUACGAGAGCAAGAAAACUCGUAAUGUGCAUUUGAUUCCAAGCUUCCAGACCUGUUUUCUGGCAAGACAGUAUGUUCUGGAGCUUAAGAUAGGGAAAAACCAGCCCUUGGGGGUCCCGAUCCGGGUUGCCUAG